AUGGUUAGGUUAGGAUUAGGUUGUCGAAUCCAUAGGUCUUAUCAACAAUUUGAGUUUUUCUCCAUGAAGAAAUGGUUUUGGGAGGCUCGGAAGAAAAUUCCAUUAGCACCAGAAGCUUUACGUUCAUGCUUAAAGCAAACGCCAACAUUCACUGCACAUGAAAUUGCUAAAUGUUUGUUUCCUGAUCAAGAAAAAUUAACAACAUUGAAAGCAUCUGAUUUAAAUCACGAAUUAUUCGAAUAUCUCAAAGAUCGUUUUCCGCCACCAGUUGUUGUCGAUCCUUGUAAAAUCAAAGAGGUCAUUACAAAUACUGAUGCAAAAGCUAGACAAUCGUUAGGAUUUCUUGGUUCAAAAGUUCCAGAACGUUCAAAUAGUGUAAUCGAGAUGGUCACAAUUCCGAUCAAACACCCUUAUUAUCCCCACACCAACCACCCCCAUCGAUCACUUUUGUCACAACCGAUGAUUCGAAUGCUCCCUUAA